UGAAAUUUGUCAAUCCUUUGAAUAUCAUGGCUGUCACUACCUUCAUUGAUGAAUACACCUCCCCAGUAUCACCAUUGAGGAUAUUUAAGGCCUCCAUUGUCGAUUCUCAUAACUUGAUCCCGAAGCUCAUGCCACAAGCUAUCAAAAGCGUCGAAUUUUUACAAGGCAACGGCGGCGCUGGAAGCAUUAAACAGAUCAACUUUGCUGAAGGUAUCAGAUCAUUAACGUAUUUCUCCCUGGUUGCAUAUAUUGAAAUGAACAUAACAUCGAGUUUUCUAAGUGCAGGAGGAGCUUUCAAAUCCGUGAAAUACCACAUUGAUGAGCUAAAUGAAGAUACUUACACCUAUAGUUACACGUUGAUAGAAGGUGAUGCCUUGGUUGACAAGCUCAAAAAAAUAACUUAUGACGUCAAACUCGAGCAGUCUCCAGAUGGUGGCUCAAUUUCAAAGGUUACAAGCAAGUACUAUACUUUGGGAGAUUUUGCGCUCAAAGAAGAAGAAAUCAAAGUGGGGAAGGAAAAGGUGAUGGCAAUAUACAAGGUCGUUGAAGCAUACCUUCUCCAGAACCCCAAUGCAUAUGUUUAA